UCAUAGGAGAGAGAAACAAAGAAGACAUGACGUUGAAGAAGAAACUUGCAAGAGAUAGAAAGAGAAGGAAAUAUUCUCUUUUGCUUUCAUUGAAAUCCAAACAAAGCUAGGCACUGCAUCAGAUCUCUGCAAAAAGACAAGCAAAGCCCAAGCUCCCUUCUUCUUCAACUGAUACUCAAGUCAUGUCUGGUGAUGAGUUUUCCAUUGCCCAUGUGUUUCCACAAGAACCAGAGACAAACCCUAACCCUAAAUCAAAUGCAAACCCUACUGCAAAGAAGAAGAGAUUACCAGGAAACCCAGAUCCAGAUGCUCAAGUUAUUGCUCUUUCACCAACGACACUCAUGACCACUAAUAGAUUCAUCUGUGAAAUUUGUACCAAAGGCUUCAAAAGGGACCAGAACUUGCAGCUUCACAGAAGAGGACACAACCUUCCAUGGAAGCUUAAGCAAAGGGCUAACAAAGAUCAGAUCAUAAAGAAGGUUUACAUAUGCCCAGAGAAGACUUGUGUUCACCACGAUCCAUCCCGAGCUCUCGGCGACCUCACCGGCAUCAAGAAGCAUUUCAGCAGGAAGCAUGGGGAGAAGAAAUGGAAAUGUGAAAAAUGUUCCAAAAAAUAUGCAGUUCAAUCUGACUGGAAAGCUCAUUCUAAGACUUGUGGGACUAGAGAGUACAAGUGUGACUGUGGUACACUCUUUUCCAGGAAAGAUAGUUUCAUUACACAUAGAGCUUUCUGUGAUGCCUUGGCAGAAGAGAGUGCAAGAUCAGUGAUUACUGUUUCAGCUACCAAUUUGAACUUCAAAAAUGAUAAUCUAAAUGGUACUCUGAUGAACCCUAAUUUUCCUCAUGGAUUCAAUGUUUCCACUGGAAUUUCCCAAGUUGGAGCUGUUUUUAAGUCGGACUAUAAUGAUGUGAUUUCUCGGAGUUCUCUUGUUGGAGAUCAGCAGAAGCCAAGAUUAUCACUUUGGUUGGAUCAGCCAAAUCCUCAUCAGCUCAAUUUCAUUGACAUGAAUUGCAAUUCAAAUCUUUUCAUUCCUUCAAGUUCCACUGGUUUACAAGAGAUGCCUCAAUCGUCAUCUUCAAUGGGGAAUUAUACAUUGCCACAUCGACAAGGCCUAGUGGAGGAGGAAGUAAUCGGCAAAGGUAGUACAGUGGAUCAUAGCCUUGCUUCUCUAUUCUCUGAUAAUCAAAAACACCAGUCGAAUUCUUCAGCAUCAAUGUCAGCUACUGCACUUCUGCAGAAGGCAGCUCGAAUGGGCUCUACCAAAAGCAAUCCAGCAUUCUUUGGCAAUGCAUUUGGAAUGAUGAAUUCUUCUUCUUCCUCCUCUUCAUCUUCUCCGAAUGCUAAUUCUUUAUCUCAGAACAGAAGUGCACUGCACCAGAUUUUUGGGAAACAGCACGAGAAUUUAAGUGGUGAAGCCAGAGACUCAAUUAUGGGAGGAUCAAAUUUGAUGCAAACAAGUGCAACACAAAGCCAAGCAAUUUUAGUAAACUUGCAUGGUGCGGAGCACAGUCUCACCAGGGAUUUUCUUGGCGUGGGAGGUGAAGGUAGCAAUCCAUUCUUGUCACAACAACUUGCCGAAUUUGCUUCAAUGAGUUCAGCGAUGGGGUUAAGCCAAUUCACUAGCAAUCACUAGCUAGCAUGGCUCCAUCCAUGUUUUCAUAGUCUGUCCUAAACUUGAAUAAAUGACGAGAGGAUGGUAAAACUGUCUAAUCUUACGACAUGAAUCUUAAUGUCGACCCCAAGGUACUAUAUGUGUAAGGUCAUUAUCUCCAUGGAUUCUCUUAAAAUUACAUUAGUUCUACGAUAUAGAAUGCAAAAAACCCGUUCAUCUAUUGAAAACCGAAUUUCUAUUUGCCCAACAAUAAUGGCACGCAAGUCCAAACACCUAACCCACCUCAAAAAGUGACAGAACGAUAAGGAGGGGAAUGUAAGAAGUCGUUGGGAAUGAUGGAGUUGGCCAUAUUUGAGUCAACUCUUAAUCUUUGCAUGAAUUCACACUUUUGUUGAAAUUCAUUGUCAGGUCAUACUAUGAUAUUUCUUGACCA